UGACAUUUUAUCCCUUAACUUAGAGAAAAUAUGAAAAAGAAAUAGUGUAGUUAGAGAAAGAGAAUUAUCAAAAAUUUUGGUCGUUUCAGUGCUGAAUUCUGAGAGUGAAAAACUACUGUAUUUUAAAAUUUUUAGGUAACACUGGGUCAAGAUGGAAUUUGAUGAAUUGGAAGGUACCGAGUUUUCAGCAUGAAAUUUGAUGUUUGGAAGGUUGGGCGCGCCGAACUAUGCGGAUUCAAAUUUGCGGACCCCAAUUUUGCGGACACGAAAUUUGCGACUAGAAACUUGCAGAGCCGAAUUGCGGAUCUAGAUUUUCGGACCAGAAAUUGCGGACUGCCAGUAGAUUCUAUUGGACUUAUUUUCUUUCUUUACUCAAGUGUCAGUCCUCAAACUUUGGGCCGCAAAAAGCAGGUUCUCAAAUUCGAGUACGCAAAUUACGUUUGCAAAGUUCAGGUCCGCAAAUGAGUUGUCCCAAAUUUUUAAUUUUGGAAUCUGAUGAAAUUUUGGAAUCUGAUGAAGUUAUUUUUCGAAAAGCAUGAUGAUUAUAUAUUGAUAUUAGUUUUGUAAUUGGAUUCGAAAUGAUAAAGUUUAUUGAUUGUAUUCUUAUUUUUCGAUGC